CGUAAUUUACAAACAAGAGAGAGAAACUUGAUGGGGCCGUAGCUGACGUGGAAGAAUAUGAGUGGGUAACCGCAGCGACAGAGGAAGAAGAACCAUAAGAGAGAAGGGAGGGGAGAGGAAGGAGGAAGAAGAGGGGGUAUUCGGGUCGGGUCAGGGCGUGGGCGGCGCGGGGAAUGGAUGAGCUGGCCAUGCUCAGGCAGCUCAUCUCUCAGCUUCAAGAGCGCAUACAUCUCUACGGUUCGCCUCCACCUUUUCACCUGCAUCAUCAACCGUUCAUUGAAUUCCAUCACCAACACCACGACAGAUGUUGCCUCAAUGUGGAUGACAGCUCUGCAGAUGAUUACUACAGCCUCAUGAUGGCAGCCGGUAAAUCAGGAAAUUUCAAGAAUCUGGAACCAUGCAAGCCUCCACCUUCCAAGAAACCUCGAAAAGAGAGGUACCGUGCAAAAUUACCCGGAACUACUGGUGCAGAGGAGGCUAUGGAAGAACAUAUUUGGAAAGAAUUCCCGACAGACCUUUUUGAAGCCGUCAUUGCUAGACUUCCCAUUGCCACAAUUUUUCGUUUCCGCUCAGUUUGUGAGAAAUGGAAUUCAUUGCUGAAUUCCCAGAGUUUCUCUCAGCAUUAUGCCCAAGUUCCACAAGCCAAUCCCUGGUUCUACACCAUAACUCAUGAAAAUGUGAACUCUGGAGCCAUGUAUGAUCCUUCCACUAAGAAAUGGCACCACCCUACCAUUUCUUCUCUGCCUUCGAAGUUAAUCAUUUUGCCAGUUACAUCUGCUGGGGGUCUAGUGUGCUUUCUUGAUAUUGGUCAUAGAAACUUCUUUGUAUGCAACCCUCUUACUCAGUCUCUUAAAGAGUUGCCUGCCAGGUCAGUUAAGGUCUGGUCUCGUGUUGCUGUUGGGAUGACUCUUAAUGGUAGUACAGCUGACACAGGCUACAAGAUCUUGUGGGUUGGAUGCGAUGGGGAGUUUGAAGUUUAUGAGUCACUGAAGAACUCCUGGUCUCGACCAGGAAGCAUUCCUUCAAAUAUAAAAUUACCACUCUCUCUGAACUUUAGAUCACAAGCAAUUUCCAUUGGGAGCACACUUUACUUCUUGCAGUUGGACCCUGAAGGUAUUUUGUCCUAUAAUAUGGUUACUGGGGUAUGGAAGCAAUUUAUAAUCCCAGUACCAUUGUAUCUGAGUGAUCAUGCACUAGCAGAGUGCGAGGGUAGGAUUAUACUUGUGGGGUUGCUGACAAAGAAUGCCGCCACGUGUGUGUGCAUCUGGGAGCUUCAGAAGAUGACGCUCUUGUGGAAGGAGGUUGACAGAAUGCCAAAUAUCUGGUGCUUAGACUUUUAUGGGAAGCACAUUAGGAUGACUUGCUUGGGCAACAAAGGAUUGCUCAUGUUGUCAUUGAGAUCGAGACAAAUGAAUCGACUUGUCACUUACAAUGUAAUCACCCGGGAAUGGAUCAAAGUUCCAGGAUGUGUGGUGCCUCGCGGGAGAAAGAGGCAGUGGAUUGCCUGUGGCACUGCUUUCUACCCAUGCCCAACUGCCAUUGCAUGAUUUGGCUUUCUAUUUAUUUCUGGCAGCAUAGGCGUCAGCUAUAAUGAUAUUUCUCGCGGUCCUGGUUUUUGGUUAGAUUUCCUGGUUCCAGUUUUAGGCUGUUGGUUGGUCUUCAGUCCGGUUUUCUUUGUUGUUUUGAAGGACACGUCCGGACAGGGUCAAUGAUGCUCGCAUCUUGAUUUGUUGUAUAAACAUCAGAUGAAUAACUUGUUAUUUGGGAUUUUUUUUUCUGGU